GUCCCGCCAAGAUGGCGGCACCCUACGUGGCCCUGUUAGCUCUGUCUCUACUGCUGCCGCUGUUGGUGGUGGGCAGCUGGAAGCGCUGGGGGCGGGGGCGCGCGGCUCGGCACGUGCUCGUGGUAGUGCUGGGUGACGUGGGCCGCAGCCCCCGCAUGCAGUAUCACGCGCUGUCUUUGGCCAAGCACGGCUUCUCUGUGACACUCCUGGGGUUCUGCAACUCCAAACCCCACAAUGAACUCUUGCAGAAUGACAGAAUUCGAAUUGUGAGGCUGACAGAACUUCAGAGUCUUGCAGUUGGGCCCCCAGUUCUCCAGUAUGGAGUCAAAGUUGUAUUUCAGGCAGUGCACUUGCUAUGGAUGUUGAUGUGGAGGGAGCCAGCAGCCUACAUCUUUCUCCAGAACCCCCCUGGCCUGCCCAGCAUUGCCAUCUGCUGGUUUGUGGGCUGCCUUUGUGGAAGCAAACUCAUCAUUGACUGGCACAAUUAUGGCUACUCCAUUAUGGGUCUCGUGCAUGGCCACAACCACCCCCUCGUUCUGCUGGCCAAAUGGUACGAGAGGCUCUUUGGACGCCUGUCCCAUAUGAACCUGUGUGUGACCAGUGCGAUGCAGGAAGACCUGGCCGAGAAUUGGUGCAUCAGAGCUGUGACAGUCUAUGAUAAGCCAGCAGCUUUCUUUAAAGAGACGCCACUGGACCUACAACAUCAACUCUACAUGAAGCUGGGCCGUACCUACGCUCCGUUCAGGGCCCGCUCAGAUCCUGUGGACCUGGCCACGGAGCGAUCAGCCUUCACAGAGCGGGAUGCUCAGAGUGGGACAGUGACACGUCUUUGUGGGCGGCCAGCCCUUCUGGUCAGCAGCACGAGCUGGACAGAGGACGAAGACUUCUCCAUCCUGCUGGUGGCUUUAGAAAGGUUUGAGCAACUGAUUCUUGAUGGAAACAGUCUUCCUUCUCUAGUCUGUGUGAUAACAGGCAAAGGGCCUCUGAAGGAUCACUACAGCCGCCUUAUAGGCCAGAAGUGCUUCCAGCACAUCCAGAUCUGCACCCCGUGGCUGGAGGCUGAAGACUAUCCCCUGCUUCUGGGGUCAGCAGACCUGGGUGUCUGUCUGCACAAAUCCUCCAGUGGCCUGGACCUGCCCAUGAAGGUGGUGGACAUGUUCGGGUGCUGUUUGCCUGUGUGUGCUGUGAACUUCAAAUGUUUACAUGAGCUGGUGAAACAUGAAGAAAACGGCCUGAUCUUCGAGGACUCGGGGCAACUGGCAGCUCAGCUGCAGAUGCUUUUCUCGAAGUUUCCUGAUCCUGCUGGCAAACUGAACCAGUUCCGGAAGAACCUCUGUCAGUCAGAGCAUCUGCGGUGGGACGAGAGCUGGACUCAGACUGUGCUCCCUCUGCUUAUGGACACGUGACCCUGGGGCCAGAGACUAAAACCCAGGAUCCAUCCUACCUCGGGUCCCCUUCUCCCCCUACCACCAAGUCCCUGGGCAAACUCUUCUGAGCAGUGCCCCCAGGAGUCAGAGGCUGAAACAUGAAUGAAGCUGUAGUGACCAGGAGCCUGUGUGCUAGGAAGCUGUGGCCCCCCUGGCAUCUUUGGAGGCUCUGAAGCACUUCCUCUUCUCUUCCCCUGUUCUGUGCCACCCCACCCAACGUGGCAUAUUACUUUUCUAUUACUUGCUGGGCUUCUUAGCAUCUCUCUGUUCCUGGUGGUGUCUCCUGGUGUCUGUCCUUCCCCACUCUAUCCUGUCGUGGUCCUAACCCCUCGGCUUCUGCCCUGGACACGGACACAUGCUAUGCUGUAGGUGCAGUGGGGCUGCCCACUUGGCUGUCUGAGAAAUGAAAUGUCUAGGUUAGGGGAUAUCACAUUUGGUGUACAGAUGUUAUCUGCAGAAAGGAAAUGCUUGCCUUUGAGCCAAACUUUCAUUUCUGGUCUAUGGUGAUUUCUUUUCUUUUCUUUUUUUUUUUUUUUGAGAUAGUCUCAAGCUGUCGCCCUGGGUAGAGUGCCAUGGCGUUACAGCUCACAGCAACCUCAGACUCUUGGGCUUAAGUGAUACUCUUGGCUUAGCCUCCCAAGUAGCUGGGACUACAGGUGCCUGCCACAACACCCACCUAUUUUUUUUUUUUAUUGCAGUUGUCAUUGUUGUUUUAGCAGGCCAGGGCUGGGUUUGAACCCGCCAGCCCUGGUCUACGUGGCUGGCACCCUACCCACUACUGAGCUAUAGGCACUGCCUAUGAUGAUUUUCUUAAGAAUCAGAACUGCUGACAGAAAAGGAGUACCCACAUACUUAAAUGGUUUACAUCUUAUUAGAACACAGUUUAUGAUUUGUCAUUCCUCAAAUAUUCAGUUUAAUGGAAGGUUUUACUUGUCUGUUUUUAAGACAGGGGUCUUAUUCUGUCACCCAGGCUGGAGUCCAGUGAUAAUUGUAGUUCACUGCUGCUUCCAGCUCCUGUAUUCAAGCCGUCCUCCCGUGUAGCUGGGACU